AUGGGCUGGUGGAAGCCGGAGCGAGCGCGGAGAGCGACGGCCGCGGCGCGGGGAGUAGAUGGAGGCGAAGGCGUCCGUAGUGGCGUCCAAGGUAACCGCCCCGUCGCCCGCCGGGCACCUGCAGCGGCACAGCCCGGGGCGGCGGCGAGCUCCCCGGUGCGCCCCGAGCGCUGCUGCCCGCGCCCACGCCGCGCCGGAGGAACGGAGCCCACGCUCCACCCGGGACUGCUCCCGGCGGCAGCCCGCUGGGGCUCCCCCCGAGGCCCCGGGGUUCCUGGGGGGGGGGCUGCCGGUGGGUGUUGGUGCAGAGUCGGGAACGCAAUGUGUCUGCGCGGCCCUAGAUCCCCGGGGCCUCGCCCUGCCGCCCGCCCCCCAACAUCCCCUGGCUCUGGAGCGACGUGGCUGCUGAGGAGAGGCGUCCUCCCUUCGUGGUGAUCAAAUUCAAUCCACAGCUCUAAAAAAGUUUACAUUCUGCAACCCCGCACCACUACCACCCCAAGCAAAAAGGUACCUGUUGUGCUUCUACUAAGUCUGCAAUUC